CAAGUUUGCUGUGAAGCCAGCCGUGAGAGGGUGAAAGUAGCUACAAGUAACCCAACCUUUGCCAACCAACGCUUCCUAAAGUACCGCGGGAUAUUUAAUGCUCUCGCGAUAGCUGCAUCGGAAACAGAAAAGAUGGCGGACCGACUAACGCAACUUCAAGAUGCUGUUAAUUCGCUCGCUGAUCAGUUUUGUAAUGCUAUUGGUGUCCUGCAACAAUGUGCGCCUCCUGCAUCCUUCAGUAACAUCCAGACAGCUAUCAACAAGGAUCAGCUAGCAAACCCAACUGAAGAGUAUGCUCAGCUGUUUGCAGCCCUUAUAGCCCGAACAGCCAAAGAUGUGGAUGUACUAAUAGACUCUCUGCCCAGUGAGGAGUCCACAGCAGCUCUGCAGGUGGCCAGUCUGCGGCAGCUGGAGGAGGAGAACCACGAGGCAGCAGCUCGCCUGGAGGAAGUGGUUUACCGCGGCGACAUGCUGCUGGAGAAGAUCCAGAGCGCACUGGCUGAUAUCGCCCAAUCUCAGCUCCGCACCCGCAACGGGGCACCCAGCCAGCCAUCACCAGCUGAAUCCUGACCUUGAGCGUGCAUAAUAUAAUCUUGGACAAUUUUCAGUCAUUUCAGUUACAUCUCGACUUUUCUCGUUUUUGCCCUCAGCCACAAACAGCAAGCAUCAAACCUGCCAAACAUGGUGUGUGUUCACAUGUCCGAUGUCUGAAAACGUAGAUGCUGAAGCGGUUCUAUGUGGAUGAGGUCGUUUAUGAAUGAUAUUUUCUUUGUCUUUGAAACGUCUUUGCCUGCAGCCCAACUGGAGAAAGAUGGUAUCUUUACAUGCAAGCAGGUUUUUUAGUUUUUUUCUUGUAAGCUUAUAUUAAAAAACAAAAAAAAAACUUCCUCGUGGUUGUAAAGAGACCGGUCUGUCGGGUGUUGUGAUUUUAUGUACAGUAUAUGUUAUAUAUUGAUGUCUGUUUUUGUAGAUAUUCAAUGAAACGAUCAUAGCCCAUUUUUAAAGUUGUAUCGCUCAGCUUUCUGAAGUUUUUUCUUUUUUUUAAAUAAACUGUAGACAGCCA